UUACGAAAGCAAACACACGUGAGGUUGUAAACAAACGAGUGGACCAGGGCGGCCAUUGUCAGAGCUCAAUGAUAUGAGGGCCCGUUACUUUCCCCUGGCACUGUUUGCCAGCGUCCUGUGCCUGAGUCACAGCUACACCCUGAGGAGCUCCGUGUCCUGGGUCGUCUCCUCCAACGAUGUGGUGGAGGACGCGGACCUGUCGGAGGAGGUCGCCCCGGCGCUGCUGGUGGACAGUGCGGGGCUGUGGAAGCAGGCGUACCCGUCUUCAAACGUCCUCGGAGACAGCGUGGAGAGCCCCGGGGAGCUGGUCAAGCCCGAAGACGACAAUGUGGCGCAGCUCUCCUCCCGUCUGUUCUCAUACCGGCUGGAGAAGGUGAAGAAGUCCGGCAGCAGCAGUCCUCCCCCGCACCAGGAGACCGCCAGGACUGCUAGAUACAUAGCUCACUACAGUGACUGGGGACAUCUGGCCACCAUUUCAACUCAAGACAAGAUCAAAGGUCUCCCCUUCGGGAACAUCUUCUCCGUCAGUGAUGGACCGCUGGACAACAGCACCGGAGUCAUCUAUUUUUAUGUGACUCCGAUGGACAACACUGUGUCAGACCUGAAGAGUAACCCCUACGCUUCUCUCACGUUCUCAGAGGCUGAGGGAGAAUUCUGCAGGCAAAUGGUGUAUGAUCCAGAAGAUCCAAGAUGUGCUCGACUCACUCUAACAGGCAAGAUGGUGGAGGUGGCCCCAGAGGAGCUCGCGUUUGCCAAGGAGGCAAUGUUCACAAGACAUCCUGUGAUGACAAAGUGGCCAGUGGGACACAAGUGGUUCUUCAUGAAGCUGGAGUUGAUCCAGGUCUGGCUGCAGGACUGGGUCGGAGGCGUAGCACUCAUUCCACUGGAGGACUACUUUAAAGCUACUCCUUUCUGAUCACACCCCUCCCUCUGCAUUACGUCGGCCUGCUCAGAUCUGUUCAGCUGCAGACGUCGCUCUAAUAAGGGGCGAGAACUCCCAAAGCAGCAACGCGCAAAGAACAUUUUCAAUAUCUUUUUCAAACACUGUCGCCAUUUUAAUUUGUGAAAGAGAUUAUUGUUCACUUUUUCUCUUUUGACCUGCAACACAAAAUCAGUUCAUGAGUGUCCUGUGUUCGGUGAGUGAAUGUAUUUUAAGUCAAUAAGCUAGUUACAUGGAAUGGUUGCAGUCAUGUCAAAUUUCAUUUAAGACAUACUUUAUAAACACUGGUUACUAUUUUAUGGGUUUGCAUUGAAACACGUGUGCUGUGUGGAAAAUAAAUGAAUGUUAGCACACACAAUAUGGUGCAUACUUUUUGAAUAAAAUGUUAAUUUGUUGUGUUCAGUCAGCAUGUGAACCUUUAAAGAGAAUUGUACCGUCAACAUG